GUCAGGAAGUACCGUGUUGACAGGUCCGCUGCGUCCUCUGCUGCUGUUGCUCUGUUAGUUUGUGCUCGGCAUCGAACUCUGCUCCUCAACAUGUCUGCCAGGAACCCCGGCAUGAAGCUCGACCUGGAGUGGAUAUCCAAAGUGAGGGUGAACACGCAGGCCGUCCUGAAGAGAGUGCAGCAGAUCCAAGGACAUAAGCUGCUCAAGAAACAGUGGCAGGCCGCCUGGCUGCUGAAGGCUGUAACAUGUAUUGACCUGACGACUCUGGCUGGAGACGACACACCGUCCAAUGUCCACCGGCUGUGUCUGAAAGCCAUCCAGCCAAUCAGACAGGACCUGCUGCGGAAGAUGGAUAUGCACGACAAAGGAGUGACCACAGCAGCGGUGUGUGUGUAUCCGUCCCGUGUGGCUGACGCUGUUGCAUCACUAAAGGCAGCCAACUCUAGCCUCCCUGUUGCUUCAGUGGCCACUGGUUUCCCUGCUGGUCAAACUCCACUGGAGACCCGGCUGCAGGAAGUCCGUAUGGCAGUGGCUGACGGUGCCGCCGAAAUCGACAUUGUCAUCAACAGGACGCUCGCCCUUACAGGACAGUGGGAAGCCAUGUAUGAUGAGAUCCGUCAGUUCCGAGAAGCCUGUGGCGACGCCCACAUGAAAUCCAUUCUGGCUAUUGGCGAGCUUGGCACCUACACCAACGUCUACAAGGCCAGCAUGGUGGCCAUGAUGGCUGGCUCGGACUUCAUCAAGACGUCCACGGGAAAGGAGUCUGUCAACGCUACUUACCCAGUUGCCAUAGUGAUGGUGAGAGCCAUCCGUGACUACUACUUGUGUACAGGCCACAAGGUGGGCUUUAAGCCGGCAGGGGGGAUCCGCACGGCUCAGGAGUCUCUGGUGUGGUUCAGUCUGAUGAAAGAGGAGCUCGGCAACGAUUGGCUGUGUCCUCACCUGUUCCGCCUGGGAGCCAGUAGCCUGUUGGCUGAUAUUGAGAGACAGAUCUAUCAUCACGUGUCUGGACAGUAUGCAGCCUAUCACGAGCUGCCUAUGGCCUGAAGCUGUGGUCUUCCUUCUUCAAUGACCAAUCCAAACCUCAGACCUGCCACACAAGCCUGUUGGUGGUUGCCCAGGCAACACACUGACUCAUCAAUUAAAAAUUUACACCAUAGACUGUAAAUAAAGAUGGAACUGUCUCCACUUCCUUCAAUCACUGGGAAACAGAGUCUGUGUGUAGUGAUCAUUGGAUGGAAGUGAUCUACUGUCUCAAUGUCUCACUGAUGCAAACACUCCACCAAUCAUGAGUCAACCUCAGCGUGAUAAGAACUGCCUGAAAUGACAAAAAACAUCUUUUAGAAACAUUUAUUUGACAUGUUUUUUGACUUUUGCGUUUGGUCCAUGUCCCAUCUGCUUACAAGGAGGAGUCAUGGUUGUCACGUCAUCUUCAUAUACAGUCAAUGUUUAAAACAAGUUCAAAGAACGUUUAUCAAUUUGAUUUUGUCUUUUAUUUCCUUAAAGUCUUAAAAUAUAAACUACGGCCCUGGAAAUAAAAGAUAAUAUAUGUGGA